AUGCAGAAGGCAGCCGUCGCCAGCUUCUGGGAGACAAAGCAUCCCCAGGACAAGGUAACAACAGCGAAGAGGGUCAAGAACAAGGCCACUCCCAUCAGUCCCCUCAAUGACGGUAGGCUCGAUAUCGAGGCAAACAAAAAUGCACCUCAGUCUGGUCCGUCGCGCCACUCGCAAAGACUGGCUGAUAAUGCGAGAGAAAAGAUGAAGGCGGAAGGAUCUGCAGAGAAACCCAAGAAGUCAGACAGGAAGGCCCGGCAAACACCAUCAGCGACGACAAAGCCAGAAAAGGCGGAUAGCAGUACUCAACCAACUUGGAAGGGCGCGGCCAAGCUUAAGGGCAGGGGGAUCAUCAGUGACACCUCGGAGGAUGAUGACGUGAUGGACGAACGGGAAGGCAACGGCAACACAGCGGAGACUCGGAAGCGUCCUAGGGAGAACACGCAGGUGGUGGAGUCGUCGAAGAGCUCUCGGAAUGCGAGGCGGAAAGUGACUCAAGCGAUUGAGUUAGGAUCAGUGCCUGAGGAGCCUCUCCAAGUCAGUCUCCACGCGGAGUCCGACCACGGCGACAGCAACAGCCUUGGGAGUGGUUCUGAAGACGGCGCAGACGACGACGACUCGGAGCCCACCCCGGGAAAGAGCAAGAGGAAUGAAGAGCCGCCGUCUCCGACACAAAACCCGGCUCAGGUCAACAGCGACGACGAGCCUCCCUCUCCGACCCAAUACCAAGCUGGGGUCAGCGGCGGGAAUGACGACUUCGGCCUCAGUGAAGUUGAAGAGGUCGAUGAUAUGCUGCUACUGCCUGUGGUAAAACCCAAGCCCAAGAUCGAGACCACGCAAGAGCACUCCGUCACGAGCAGCACUGGGACGGGCACGGACGACCCGAGCAGCAGCGAGGAAGAUGCCAACAUGGACGACGACUCGGACACGGAGCCGGACGAGGCUGAGGGCACCGACCGUCCUCAGCAAAGGCGGCGUGUCUUUAAACGCAAGCGACUGUUCUCCCAGGACAGCUCGUCUGACGAGCCAAAGCCGAAGCGGCCCGCUCCUCAGGCUGUUGGGAUGUCUGAUAAGCGUCAAAACAACGUGAACAGGGAGAUAGAUCGUAUUGCAACAAGAGUUUCGCGGUCGUUGUCACUUGCCAGUGGUUCCAGUCGUUCGUCGUCCCCACCAGGUUGGGCGGUCGUUGUGAAUUGGUCCUAA